GACCUCGCCCAACUUCCAAGCUCUGCUAGGCUCGUCACUUCAAAUCCUAUCUUCACCUGUCCCAGUGACACCACUCAAUCACACCCUUGGCAGCACUUCUUCCCCAUUCGAUCACCCUGCCCCAAAUGGCUGGCCGUCGAGCCACAAGCUCCUAAGCCCGAGUCCGAAAAACACAUUGGUGUGGACAAACGUACAACCGGUAAUGAAGAGGCUGCAAUGGCUGGCGAGGUGGAGCUACCACAACAUGGCCAUGAAUUGGGCAUGGCCGCAGACGAUCCAAACAGGCCGAGAAGUUGGCGGGACCUGCCUCCAGUACCGAAGCGCCGCUUCCACAAUACCAGAUUGUUCGAUUCCUGCUCCACUCCUUCAACUUCCAACUCGGCCAAUUCUGCUACUGCCGCUAACUUGCGUCGUCUCCCACUAACUGAAACGUCCACAAAGUCUGGGGACAAUGUAGCGCAGCCAGAACAGCCAACGCCUGUUACUGAUGUUAGUCGUCUGCAUCAUUCACCGCCAAACCGAUCUAUCACUCCUCGAGUCAGUCGACCAACCUCUCCUGUUUUGAGGUUAGCUUCUCCAACGUUGCCCAACUUCCCGCUGCCCUCGCCGUCUCCGUCUCCACCUCCGCUGCAUCCGCAGGCUUUUUCUGCCAAUCCUCAAUUCUCGCCCAGCAUGUGUCCAGCCGCCUCUGCUCCACCUCUUACACCAUUCACACAUUUUAGGCCUCUUACACCAACUCACAAAUUCACAUCUUCAUUGCCUUCUGCCGCCAUGGAGCCCGAAGCGAAACCGCUACUUGCUGCAAAAAAGGCAACGCAUGAAGAGGCAGAAUCCCAAUCCUCAGUUUGUGACAUGCAUCAACGCCCAGAAAGUCAACAGCUUCUCGUGCUUGACGAGAUCAUGCGAAUGAAGAAGUCGACCUGCUGA